GUUUUUUUCUCUCCCUCAUUUCCAACAAGUGGCAUGGACAUUUAGUGGAACUUCUUGCAACCGAUGACGCUUCCAUGGAACCAGAACUUGAACGAGAACCACUGCCAAGCUUUACAAACAAAGAUGUUCAGGAUGCAUACGAAAACUGGGAGGCAAAGUCCCGGGACGAGAAGAUGGAUUUCUUGCUGUCGAUACCAAUGCGAAAGGAUAGCAAUCUCAAGAAGAAUGAAGCAGCCAUGCGAGCUAUCCUGGUCAAGGCAGAAACAGAUCCCGAUGAAUGGGUCCAGAGGCUUGCAUUGCUUCUAGCAAGUGUUGUGGGCACAACAACAGUCUCAAGUUCGGAGGUGGAUAAGGAGUUUAUGUAUGCGCUGACGAAAGAGGUAUCAAAGCAACGUGUGGUUGAGAAUGCAUUGAUACCGGAGGCUCUUGAACUCGUAGGCUUCUCAGCUGUAAUGCGAAGGACAUUGCGCUGGCAGUGAAUCGAGCAUAUUUAUUUUUUUGAACGAAGAGAAUCAGCGCAUGUCAGCACUACUAAAUUCUUCAGAGAUGUCACUUUAUGGCUUUGCUUGACUACAAAGUGCGAAAGGUCCAAACAUAGGGGGUGACUGUCACCGUGUUAAUUCAAAAAAGAUAUAAGUUCGAGUAUUCUAAAUCCGAAACAUGUACCGUGCUGCAGGCAGCCAUAGCUUGGCUUAAGUCUUCUGAGGUCACUCCCACAGCAGAGGAGCAGGCGGUGCACCAAAAACACUGCAACUCCCCUGUGGCGAUGACACCGAUUUGUGAUACAGCUUUGGCCAAGGAGCCAGAGGCUGCUCUUUGGUUUUUGCAAGAUGCCCAGAAGCAAGUUGAAGCCCUGGAGGCAACGGAGCUUUUUGAUUCAGAGAAGCAGACCGAAGAACAACCUGAAAUGAAGAGGCCUCGCACUGAUCCCUUCCAGACAUGGGGGGACAUUGCUGGGCUACCACGACCAUCAGCGAGAUCUUCUUCAAGCACUGGAGGUUUCUCCAAGAAAUCCGGUGAGACUGGGCAGCGCAUGAACGACAAUCAAUUGUCAGCAAACAACAGCGGAA